AUGCUCCCUCGGCACUCCUCUCUCGUCCUUUUCCUUUUCCUACUCCCCAGCAUCCCCAUGGAGCCCCAAUCCCCACCUUCCACCUUGCCCCCAUUUCUGGCCCCUGAGUGGGACCUCCUGUCUCCCCGAGUGGCCCUGUCAAGGGGCGCCCCUUCUGGGCCCCCUCUCCUCUUCCUGCUGGAGGCUGGAGCCUAUGGGGAGCCGGCAGGGACCCCAGCCAACCGCAGCCGGCGUGGGGUGAGUGAGACUGCGCCCGCGAGCCGCCGGGGUGAGCUAGCCGUGUGCGACGCAGUGAGUGGCUGGGUGACGGACCGGCGGACGGCUGUGGACUUGCGUGGGCGCGAGGUGGAGGUGCUGGGCGAGGUGCCUGCAGCAGGUGGCAGUCCCCUGCGUCAGUACUUCUUCGAGACGCGCUGCAAGGCCGAAAGCGCUGGGGAAGGUGGCCCGGGUGUGGGCGGAGGAGGUUGUCGCGGUGUGGAUCGGAGGCACUGGCUCUCAGAAUGCAAGGCCAAGCAGUCCUAUGUGCGGGCGUUGACUGCAGACUCCCAGGGCCGCGUGGGCUGGCGCUGGAUUCGGAUUGACACAGCUUGCGUCUGCACGCUUCUCAGCCGAACAGGCCGGGCCUGAGGGCCCCAGCUUGAGGAAAAAGGAGCUGGAUGCUAAAGGACCUCAGAGGCAACCCGGCUGCUUAACUGUGCCUUCUGAUUGAGAACUGAAAAAAAUCAAAUACCAUUUGUGAGUUCAGUCUACGUGGAAUGUUUGAUGAAACCAAACAGUUUUAAGAGAUGAAUAGUUCUCCUGGAGGAACUUGACAGUAAUAAUAAUAGCCAAUGUUUGCAAUCUACUGUUUAUUAGACCUAAGACAUCACUCUGCUGACCAUUCCAAUACCAGAGGACCCUGGCCCACCCUGGCAAGAGAGAAAGGGACAUGUGAAAAAGUGAUGUAAACAGG